ACCGUCUGCGCUUAACUUCCUGUAUGGGUUCCGGGGUUGCACGUGUGGAGAGGCCUAAAGACGCAGCUGGGAUUCGGGCUUUGCUGGUGGAAGAUAGUCAUUUUCCCGGGGCUGGCAGCGUGCCGUCGUCACUCUUCUCUGGAGUGAGCGCCGCGCAGCUGCAACAUGCCUCACAGGAAGAAGAAGCCUUUUAUAGAGAAGAAGAAAGCUGUAUCUUUUCACCUGGUCCACCGGAGCCAGCGAGAUCCUUUAGCCGCGGAUGAGACUGCACCCCAGAGGGUUCUAUUGCCCACACAGAAAAUAAAUGACGAAGAACGGCGAGCAGAACAGAGGAAGUACGGUGUGUUCUUUGAUGAUGGCUAUGACUAUCUGCAGCACCUGAAGGAACCAUCUGGGCCCUCAGAGCUGGUUCUCACAAGUGCCUUCAGUGCACCCAACAGAAGAGACGAAAAAGAAGGAAGUUUAGAAAUUUCAACCACGGGAAUUCAGUUGCCUUCAUCAGUAUUUGCAUCAGAGUUUGAGGAAGAUGUUGGAUUGUUGAAUAAAGCCGCUCCUGUUUCAGGACCUCGACUGGAUUUUGAUCCUGACAUCAUUGCAGCUCUUGAUGAUGAUUUUGACUUUGAUAAUCCAGACAAUCUGCUGGAAGAUGAUUUUAUUCUUCAGGCCAAUAAGCCAACAGAGGAAGAUGGAAUGGAUAUACAGAAAUCUGAGGCUGAAGAUGACAGUGAGUGGGAAGAUGUGGAUGAUGAGAAGGGAAGAGGUAGAGAUGACGAUAACUAUGGCUCUGCGGGCUCAUCAGAUGAGGCCAUGUCUGUCCCUGGAAAACCUCCUGGGGCUGUAGAAAAUCAUUUGUUCUGGGAAGAGGAAACUAAAAGUCGCUUUACUGAGUAUUCUAUAACAUCCUCAGUCAUGAGAAGAAAUGAACAGCUGACUCUUCAUGAUGAGAGAUUUGAGAAGUUUUAUGAGCAGUAUGACGAUGAUGAAAUUGGAGCUCUGGAUAAUGCUGAAUUGGAAGGUUCCAUUCAAGUAGACAGCAGUCGCUUAGAGGAAGUCUUGAAUGACUACUAUAAAGAGAAGGCAGAGAAUUGUGUAAAACUGAAUACUCUGGAACCCUUUGAGGAUCAGGACCUGCUAAUGAAUGAACUGGAUGGGUCUGAGGAGGAAGAGAUUGUUACUGUAGUUCUUGAAGAAGCUAAAGAGAAGUGGGAUUGUGAAUCUAUUUGUAGUACAUACUCUAAUUUAUAUAACCAUCCGCAAAUUAUCAAGUAUCAACCAAAGCCCAAACAAAUCCAAAUAUCUUCUAAAACAGGAAUACCUCUCAAUGUCUUACCUAAGAAAGGACUCACAGCAAAGCAAGUUGAAAGAAUGCAGAUGAUUAAUGGCAGUGAUCUGCCAAAGGUGUCAACCCAACCUCGAUCUAAAAACGAAAGCAAAGAAGAUAAAAGAACGAGAAAGCAGGCUAUAAAAGAGGAACGCAAGGAACGGAGAGUGGAGAAGAAAGCUAACAAAUUAGCCUUCAAACUGGAGAAAAGAAGGCAGGAAAAGGAGUUGUUGAACUUGAAGAAUAAUGUUGAGGGUCUCAAGCUAUGACAGUAGAACAUUUAGGAAAAGGUGCCUUCCCCAUUGGGGCUCUUUGUUAUGUUCAGUAAUGUACAAGGAUCUUCAAAGAGACAAAAGUGUGUAAUCUGCCAUUUUUACUAGCAAGUAUUUAUACUACCAAGUUUUCUAUGCCAUCUGUCUUGUAAAUAUUGUAACAUUUAAAAAAUAUUACGUAGAAUAUGCUCUGAAAUAAAUGAUGUCACAAAUGUGAAAUGUUUGGAUGAGUUGAAGGAAAACAUCUUCAUAAUGUAAAUGGAAUUGGUGUAUUCUUCAUUUAUUUGUAUGAUUGUCCCAGCUGUCUUUUGCAGAUGUUCUCAAAUAUUUCUUUGAAACCUCUCCACUCCUUUUCAGGAGUUAAGUGGUUUAAUUUGCUGUAUGUAGAAAAGUGACCCCAAUAAACCCCUUUUUGAAAUGCUA